AGGCAACCUUUUGGCUCAGCAGGAUGUGCCUUGCGGAUUGGGCCAGGCACUAGCUCCUCAUGGCUCGGCGCCGCGAGGAGAGCUACAGUUACAGUGACAGCCGCAGUCCCUCCCGGGAACGCAGGCGAAAGAGAAGGCGGCGUCAUCGUAGCCGGCGGCGGCGGCGCGGGGGUGGCAAGAGGGGAAGCACUGUAGACAGGUUCAUCAGAGAGAACGAGCUGAAUGAGUCCGCCUCCGCCAGAUUGAGAGGCGCCUCCAAAGAGGUGCGGGAUGCCUGCAUCGAGCAAGGCUGGAACGUCAUCGAGAAUGCGCGGAAUGCCAGCGCCGUGGUGAUCUCACGGAUCAAGAAGAUCGAGGACUCCUUCAACCGGAGCCGCUCGCGGAGUCCAGUCCGGGACAAGGGGCCCCCGGACGGAGAGACGGUGAGGGAUGGGGACUGGUACUGCAAGUCGUGCAACGCUCACAACUUUGCCCGCCGCACCGAGUGCUUCAAGUGCAACACCCUCCGCGGGCGCCGGCGGCGGAGCCGCAGCCGCAGCCGCAGCCGCAGCCGCUCCUGAGGCGGAACUUCGCCCACCCUGGAGCCUUGCCAAUUGGUGUCGUGCUGGUGAGGACCCGCAGCACGAAACGCGAUUCAGGUUCUCCUCGAGUCUCAUGACAAGCUGUGAACCGGGCGCUGCGGACUGCGUUUUUGUGACAUACAGAGCACCUUGAAGCAUGCAUGAUGCUGUUGCCAC